AUGGCGAAUAUUGGUGAUGAGACAGAUGAGGAGCUCACAGGCCCCUCUGGAGCCACCGCCUCAGCGCAACCAUUUGGUCAUGCGCCCUUUGUGCAGCCAACGCCUACGAACCCUUUUCAGCCAACGAGCCCCACCAAUGCUGGAACUGAGAUUGCUAUGACAGCUGCCGACCUGAGAGUCCUUAUGCAACGCAUGUCGGAGGCUACACAGGCUGCCAGUGCGGCUGCUCAAGCCGCUGCAUUUGCAAGCACUGCCCAAGGCUCCCGACCUAUGGGAGUUGGAGACCUGACCAAGGUUUUGCCGAAGCCGGAUCCAUUCCGGCCCACUACGCGAGAUGAGGAGUUCGCGCAAUGGCCUCAGUGGAGCUGGACGUUUGAACAGUAUUUAUCGUGUUUGGAACCUGAGUUUAGCAAUGAGCUCCGUGAUUACGGCCGGCAGCAGACAGCAGUGGUUUUGAGUUCUCUGGAUGAGAGCGCCAAGCGGCGGUCUCGGCUACUGUACGGCAUGUUGAAUGGCUUGCUGUAUGAGCGUGGCCGGCGGUUGCUGCGAUCUGUUCAGGAACAGAACGGAUUUGAGGCAUGGAGACUGCUUAGCAAAGAUCUUAUGCCAAAGACCCGCAAUCGAGUUCUAGCUUUGUUGCGUACGAUCAACAGCUGGCCGUCUUUCGCGGCCCAACAAGGACUUGCCCAGCAACUGCUGCGCCUAGAAAGCGCCUUUGAGGAGUAUGAGCGCCUCGAGCCCGAGAACAACAAGAUGGCCACGCUCCUCAGUUGCCUGACAGGUCAGCUCCGUCAGCAUGCUAAUGCAAAGGCGACAAAAGGCAGGCCCAAAGGCGGCAAAGGCGAUAAAGGCAAAGAUGGCAAAGGCAGGCCCAAAGGCGGCAAAGGCGAUGCAGGCAAAGGCGACAAGGGCAAAGGCAAAGGAGGCAAGGAUAAAGGUGGCAAUGCAAAGGGCAACUGGCCCUCCGUGUGUGGCUGGUGCCAGAAGCCGGGACACUACAAGAGAGAUUGCUUCCAGUUCAAGGCCUACAUGCAAGGCCAUCAGAAAGGUGCCCGGCAGGUUCAGGCCAACUCUUCUGCAGCUUCCGAUGCCGGCACGAGCACGACUGCCCCUUCUUCCGCAAGUGCCCUUCAUGCCCAGCAAGGCAAGGCAGGACAGUCCACCGUUCGCCGUGUUGCGGCUGAGGCUGAGCCACUUCUUUUCGAUCUGUCUGACCUGGAGGAUCCGUUUCCUUAUGAGCCCAAUGUCUGUAUGGUUACUGUGACUGCGCCACAGAGUUACGCAAUGGAUGCCCAGGAUGAUGAUGGCCAGUGGACCCUGCCUCCUGAUGACUAUGCUGUGCUUGACUUGGUGCCCUUGAUGUUCAAAGGCUACUCUUUGGCCGUGAAUGCUCAGAUCCGCCGUGUGGAGCAUGAGGAACAAGACUUGAUGCACUACAAUCCAGGUGCAGGUGAGGUCAACAACCACUCCGAGGAUGAAGCUAGCGAAGGUGAGCUCCACGCGGGACUCCGUGAUGCCAACAGCCAACAGCAGGUCCGUGAUGCCAACAGCCAACAGCAGGUCCGUGAUGCCGACAGCCAACAGGUCCGUGAUGCCAACAGCCAACAGCAGGUCCGUGAUGCCGACAGCCAACAGGUCCGUGAUGCCGACAGCCAACAGGUCCGUGAUGCCGACAGCCAGCAGGUCCGUGAUGCCGACAGCCAACAGGUCCGUGAUGCCGACAGCCAACAGGUCUGUGAUGCCGCAUGCAGUCAGUCCCAGUUUCAGGUCACAGGUGAGGUCCGAGAGGUGUGCCCUAACACGUUGCAUGUUGCGUCCAUCCAGGUGCAUUUUGAGGCUACGAGACUUGAGUCUCUCGAUUUCGGAUGGCAAGUCGGUUCGUCUGGGCACCUGGUGUGGAGAGGGCGCACAAGUAGGUUCGUGGAUCCGAGUUUCAUGGCGCCAAUCGGUUGGCCCCUCAGGAGCACACUCAUCUGCCGCAGUGGGACAUGGUUCUUGCUUGAACACUGCGUGCCGUGGGCUGACUUGAAGGAGGUUGAAGCCGUUUUGCCCGGAGGUCAGGUUGCCGAGGUAAUUUCAUUUUUACACGUGCAGGUUGAGCCCGUGUGUGAGAUAGGUGUGCAGCUCCCUGCAGGCAUGACCGAACCGCAAGGUCUGCCAGAGCCAGAUUUUUAUGAUUUUCGAGCCGAGACUGAGCAAGCGCCUGUCGGGACAGUUGAGCAUGAUCGUGUGGUGCCUGAAGAUGAGGCUAUGCAAGGCCUAGAGGAUGCAGCUGGACAAUCGAGCCCAGCGCCAAUGCCACUGCCCGACCAGUUAGAAGAUGGAGUGCCAACCGACAAUGUCGAGCCGCUGAGUCUUGAUGGUGUGCUCAUUGCACAUGACUCCAGCUUAGCUGUUUUGAAAACUGCAGCAGCCAAGCUCAACCUCAGUACGGCCGGCUCCAAGUCUCGUCUCUUCAGCCGUGUCAAGGGAUAUCUUGAGAAGCAGCGUUUGGCCUUGGAGUUGGAGCUUGCUGCCGAUGCUCAGUCUUCAGGUGAAAGGCAACCAAGGGUUCAGCCGGUCGCAGCCGCCCCUACCGAGGCGGAACGAUUCCUUCAUGAAUGCACACAUGUGCCUUUCAAGCCGUGGUGCCCACACUGCAUCAGCAUGCGAGCGAUGCCAGACCGGAGUGAGUAUUUGAAGGAGGGCCCCCGCGACAACCCGAUCAUUCAAUUUGAUUUUUCAUUUUCAGGGUACAGUGUGCCGGAUGGCAUUUGCAACCUCGAUGCUGCUCCUGAGGACUCCCAGCGUGCACUCAAGUGUCUUGUGGCGCACGACAGCGCUACUGGAAUGAUUGCAGCGAUUCCGUGUGAGUCCAAAGGUGAUACAAGGUAUUUAGGCAUUGAGCUUAUGAGGUUCAUCCAAAGCCUCGACCACACCACUGUGACCUUGAAGUGCGACAACGAGCCCUCCACUUUGACUCUGCAGCGAGCCAUCGUCACGGCUCGGCAACGGCUCGGGUUGCAGACGCUUGUGCAGAAUCCUGCCAUAGGUGCCAAAGGUUCCCUAGGCUUUUGUGAGAAGGCCAUUGACUCAGCACGGAAGCUCGCAAACACGUUGCUUGAUCAGGCCCGUCACCGCACCGGCCUUCCGCUGCCUACGACACAUGUGUUGUUUGCCUGGGCUUUUGUGCAUAGCGCGUGGCUGCUCAAUAGAUACAGAGUCAUCGGCAACAUGACGGCUUAUGAAAGGGCCUGUGGGGCUAAGUACAGUGGGCGGAUUGCGCCGUUCGCCGAACCGGUCUACUGCCAGCUUGAUGUUAAGCAGAAAGACGACAAGCGGUGGAUGCUUGGAAUCCUUGUGAGCAAAUCCUCGCUCAACGACAUGUACAUCAUCGCUGGCAAGGACGGAAUCCGGCUGUCGCGAUCCAUCCGUCGUGUUGGCCAGCCUUGA